AUGACCUGUAACUUUAAGAACAGGAACAUUGAGCCGUUGCAUUCUCGUUGCAGUGUUAUCGAGUUCGCUGCUACGAUGGGAGAUAAGCCCAAGCUUGCAUCCCAAUUCUUUAAACGUGUGUGCACCAUCUUGAAAGACGAAGGAGUUACCUAUGAUCAAAAAACUGUGGAAGAGCUUGUAGAGAUUUACUUCCCUGACUGGCGCCGAGUCCUUAAUGAACUACAGCGUUAUGGUACUACUGGUAGUAUUGAUGCUGGCAUUCUAGCAAGUAAGUCAGGUGAUAGCAUUGGUGUCUUGAUCCAGUUGAUGAAAGACAAGGACUUUACUGCUACUCGUAAAUGGGUUGCUGAGAAUGUUGAUGUAGACUCUGCGGUACUUUAUCGCCAACUCUACGACAUUCUUCCUAGUAAGGUAAAGAACACUCAGAGUAUUGCCGAUGCCAUUAUCAUUCUUGCUGACUACCAGUACAAAGAAGCUUUUGUGGCUAACACAGAAAUCAAUCGAGUUGCUGCCCUUGCCACUCUUAUGGCAGAAGUUGAGUGGAACUAA